UUCUGCACUCCACAUACAGGUGAGAGUAGGAGGGAGGGAGAGAGAGAGGGAGGGAGAGAGAGAGAGAGAGAGAGAGAAAUAGCGGUGAGUAAGCAUUCUCAGGCUAGGGACCAAUUUCACUACAUCAACUGAGGUUUGCUUUCAUUCGAAAACUUGUCUGAGCUCAUAGGUGGAGCAGUCGUGGACGUCCAAGGACUGCGCAUUCAGCAGUAGCCUAGGCUACUUUUAGAUUAUCGCUACACUACAUAAAGGCAGCAUUGUUUCUAUAGAGUGGGACCCUACCUUCUGCUUACUAGAAAGUCUGCUUGUUUACCGCGCCGCUGAGCACGUUGGAUGCAGAAUGUCGAAAAUAUUUGUCUUCUGCUUGUGGAACAGGUGAACUUUCUCUCAGCACUCAUAAUAGAAGAUUGAGGAUUACAGAAAACACUCCUGCAAAUUACCUCUAAUCAGGCAGCCAUGGAGCCUUCGUUCACUAGUGUCCGCUUGCUGCUGUUGGUGGCUGUGGCCAUCUCUGUCCCGGACUGCUGUGCUGCUAACAAGACAGUAAACAACCCGCCGCAGGGCUGUGGCCCGAACGUGGACUCCCUUUACUACAACCUGUGCGACCUGAGCGCCAUUUGGGGCAUCGUGGUGGAGGCCUUCGCCGGGGCCGGCGCCAUCGGCUCACUGGUCCUCUUCAUCGUCCUGCUGGCCAGCCUGCCCUUCCUGACGGACCCCGGGAAGCGGAGCUCAAUGGGCCUUCACGCCGGCUUCCUGGUGUUCACGACGGGCCUGUUCUCCCUGACGUUCGCCUUCAUCGUUGGCCGCAACUUCUCCACGUGCGCUGCGCGCCGCUUCCUCUUCGGUGUGCUGUUCGCCGGCGGCUUCUCCUGCCUGGUGGCGCAGAACGUGCGGCUCAACCUGCUGGCACGGCGAGACACCGGACCGCGCGGCUGGGUGCUCUGCCUGGGCGCCCUGGGUCUCUGGCUGGUGGAGGUCAUCAUCAACACCGAGUGGCUGAUCAUCACAGUGGUGCGGUACCCAACCAACACCACGAUCGGCAUCGGUAGCGGGCCAGCUAACGCCAUCCCGUGCAACAUCGCCAACGACGACUUCACCAUGGCGUUGAUCUACGUCAUGUGCCUGCUCCUGGCCACUGUGCUGACCGCGCUGCCCGCCUUCGCCGGCCGGCACAAGCAGUGGCGCGGGGAGGCGGCGUGCGUGCUGGCCACCGGCCUGCUCUCCAUGGGCAUCUGGGCGGCGUGGAUCGCCAUGUACGUCUACGGGAACGACCAGGCCGCCGGCGGCGGACCCUCGUGGGACGAUCCCACACUGGCUAUCGCCCUGGUGGCCAACGCCUGGGUCUUCCUUCUGCUCCACACCAUCCCGGCGGUGUGCGGCUUCGGCAACACCGAAGACGAGGACCUGCCGGGGUUCCGAGAGGACCUGUACCCGAGCCGUGGCGUGGGCUACGAGACCAUCCUUAAGGAGCAGAGCUCGCAGAACAUGUUCAUGGAGAACAAGGCCUUCUCAAUGGACGAGCCCAACUCAGGCCACAAGCCAGUGUCCCCCUACAGCGGUUACAAUGGUCAGCUACGCAGCUCUGUCUACCAGCCCACUGAGUUAGCCCUCAUCAGCAAAGGAAUCAACACUAAAUCAGAGGUGCAGUCAUAUGACAUCCCUCGCGCCACAGCCACCCCCCCAGCCCAGAAUGGGGGCAGUAGUCCCUCCAGCCACACAUAGGAGGAAGCCAGCCAGGCCAGCAGCGGUAAUGGAUUACACAAGAAGGCCCAGUGGUAAACCCCUACACAAGACCUACCAUGAGAUCUACUAUUCAUAUUGCACAUUUUAACCUCUGAAUGCAUCUCACUGUCAUUUCUAGGUUGUUUUUUUUAGGCCACAAAAGACUGACAAGACUUUAUUUGUGGUGGCCAGAUCAAUGUUCAACCAUUUCAGCUAUCUCCACACACAAACACACAGAAAAAAAGAUGUGGAAUGCUUAUCCCUUUAUUGACCGCUCCGUCACGUUCCAUGGAGAGGAACUCUGGUAAAGACUGAACCUAGUUGACCGCACAACACAACACUCACGUCCCCUGAAUGAACCUAUACAGACCAGGCCUGUUGCUGGAUUCGAAGAGAUAAGCCUCGCUAUUCAACGAGCACGCAGACACACACUGGUGCUGCUGGUAAACGACUGCAGGGGGGUUUCGACAGAUACCAACUUCGGAUGAUAACGCGCACAUCUGGUGGGAACUCUGAAAGCUGUUGUCAUUAUUUCUUCUCCUGUCAAAACAUUUACUCACAGAUGGUGGACAGUGGAAAACACAAUAGGACAAUAGCACAUUUACAUGCACAGAACUGUGUGUAGAAGAACAUGAGCACAAACACUAGAGCAUAAUGGACAUCGAGGAGCUAUACACGCAUGAUCCAAGUGCGGAUCAUACAGUAAUUUAAACAUUUGAAGCAAUUGCUUGGCCUUAUUCAACAGAUCAUAUUCAUUAUUGUUUGAAGGAAUUUGUUAAAAAUGACAUUUCAGUCACAUGUAUAUAUUGAGAUCUAGAUUUAUUAAGAAAUUGCAUGCAUGAGCAAGCUAUUAUUUGAACGCAUGACUUUCCACAAUCAUGUAAUUUCACUCCAAAUUUUACAUUUCUGCACCACCAUUAAUAUAAAUGGAAGUAAGAUCGAAAAGGUCAUGAAGGAUCUAAUGUGUUACAUUUUAAGUUUAUUGAAAAAUAAAAAUCUUUUUACAAGUU